UUGAAUUUACUCUAAGUGGUCUAAGUGUACACUCCUUUCAGCUUUCAUUGAUCUUGUGGGAAUCAAUUCAAAACCAUAUUCAUUUUUGUCUUCGUUUUUGGAAAUGAUUAUUCUAAUUUUUCUGUCAUGUACCAUAAUGGUAGCUGCAGUUCCGGUCCAUCCUAAUGUCCUUCCUCCCCUCCUUUCACAAGGAGGAGCCACUCAAGGUCAAACAGUUCAAUCUGUUGAAGCCACAAACCAGAAGACUCCGGCCCCGCUUUCCCCUAUUGUGGAGCAACCACAGCCUGGGGUCUUCCAGCAACCAGGUUCCCAGGGUGGCACCCAGUUCUUGCCUGCCAUACAACACUACACCUGGUCUCCACUAGGGGGCAGUCCAAUGAUCAUCCCUUUGCAGCCGAGUGUCCAAGGAUCUCAGCCAGCUAACCAGCCGACACUCCCACAGCAGCCUCUGAUGUUCCCUCCUUAUAGAUACUUUCCUCUUUUCUCCUCACCCAAUAGGAAUCAGCUGUUUUCAGAAUAUGGAUUCCCAAUGAUUCUUGAAUCACCUCUUCCACAAACUCCAGCAAAUCAACCUCAGACCAGUCCAGUGUUACCUGCAGAAACAGCUGCUCCUUCAGGAAAUGCAUUUCAGUCAAUGCAGCAACAGAAUCCCCAAAUCCUAUACAUCCUCCAGCAACCCAUGAACUCUCCACUUGGCAGUGUUAGCUCAGAGGAACUCGAGAUGGCAGCUAAAAUGGGCCAGCUGGGUGUGUACAUGCCCCCUGUGCUCACAAACCUGCCUGCAGGAGCCGUUCAGCCUGUGAACCAGGCCGUGGGACUCACAAACCCAGAACAGCAAGGCAUCGUGCCAACAGAGGCGACCUCGUCAGCUACUGUCCCACAGACGCAGGGGCUGGCCAGCUCUGGACCGCAGCCGAACACUAAUGGUGUCCCUGUGGGUUUGGAGAGACCAGCGAAAGAGGCAGCCACUAUCCAAACACCUGCUCAACCCAAACACCAGCCCACACAGGGAAACUGUGUCUGAGACUGCAGCCUCCAGCCGAGAAAACUCAUAACAUACUGAGAAACAACUUACCACAUAAUUCAAAAACUCAGUGGACUAUAUGUAUCAUUAGGUUUCUCGUGCAUUUUCCUUUAUUUGUUACCAUUAUUGUUUUUCCUUUAAAUAAAUUAAAUCCAAUAAAAAUAACUUAGAUUAAA